ACCUUGAAUGAAAAUAAGCAAAUGUCCAGCAGCGAAAAAAUUAACAAAAGAUUUCUACCUGAAGUUUAAUUUGGGGUCAGUGAAAUGUUUGUUUUUUACGGAAAAAGGGACAGUUUCAAUUCGCAACAAGUCUCGUCUUAUGGGCAAUACAAGUGCUAGAGAAACUGCGAACAGCGAUCAAGUGAACAAUAGUGCAAAUCGUCGAAUCUGUUUGCAGAAGAUUAUUUUGGAUCCCAACAAUAGUUUGAGAAGUUUUCUGAGCGUUGAGAGCGAACAAUCAACGUACAGUGUAUCGAGGCCCUGGUCAAGAGUAUCCAGAAGACGGUGGAGAGAAUCGACUUUAACCCUCCCACAUCAAGCCUGUAAGACUGCCUGGCCGGUGUCGCAAUUGGAAACAUUUUUUCUGCCAUCUUUCCCAGUAGAAACUUUCCACAAGGACAAUAACUUCACGAAACUCCCACAAAUAAGCAAGGGAGCUUUUGGAAACAUCUACCAGAUAUUGGAUUUGGAAAAGAACGAAAUAUUUGCUUUAAAAGUUCUUUCCAAAUCAAAGAUAAUAGAAAGUAACUUAAUUAAGCAAGUCAUUGAAGAAGUACAAAUUCAUCGUGCUUGCGGCCAUCAUCCGUUCAUAGUAAGGUGCUCCUCCAAUUGGCAGAGCCGAAAACAUUUGUACAUAGCCACCGAAUUCAUAGAGGGUGGUGAACUGUGGGGCUUGCUUGACAAAUUUGGUGCUCUAGCUUUAGAAGUUGUUCAAUUGUAUGUUGCACAGAUAGCACUAGCACUAGAUUUCCUUCAUAACGCUGGAGUGAUAUAUCGCGACCUAAAGCCGGACAACAUCUUGCUUGAUUCUGAUGCGAAUAUCAAAUUGACAGAUUUCGGACUCUCCAAGUGGUUACCGUAUGGUCAAACAACCAGAACUGUAUGCGGAACGCCCAAAUACAUGGGUAUGACCUACUAAUCUUCCUUCCAUGCUGUUUUAGAUAGUACGCUAUGACUUCCUCGUAACCCCCGCAAAUUCGCAAAUUGUUUUAUUUUUCUAAUAUAGCUGACGCGUCCGAGCUAGUAAUUAACGUCGUAAAUAGUGAGAGUAAAACCAAAAAAUAAAAAAGAAAUUUCUGAAUUUUUUACUACUCAGGAUUAUCUGUGAUUAUCGUGUGAUAUACGCUAUUUUGCCGCUUGUUUUUUAAACAUCGCUUGUUGUAUUGCAAUUAUUUUGUAACAUGAAUGCCCGAUCUCAAUUGUUCGAACUCACCGUGGAAGGUAGACAGGCGGACGAAGCCGUCGCAAGCAUAAUUCACACUGUCCUCUUUCAUAGAAGUUUAGGUAAAUUCACUUACAGUAACGAAACCAGCUAUUCAGUUAGUACAGUAGGUUUUACGGAUGUUGACUGUGACUUUAUUGAUUUGACCUACGUGUGCUGCUCCUCAAACGACCUGAAUCGUCACGUUAAGCAGGAGAUUAGCAACUUUUCGGAGCAGCUUAGAAGCAACGAAUCGAGUGGCACCGGCCAAAUAUCCUUGGAAUUUUUCCAAAAGAAACCGGGCCGCUACCUGUUAUUCCCACCCGAAUGCAUACCUUGGGAGGUGUGGACUGUCCGGUUACAGCUCAUAACUCUGGAAAAUGAAGGUGAAAGGCGCGUAUGCAGGGAAAAAGUAGCCGACCAUCUAACAGAUAAAAUCCUGUACAUAACCGAAGUUAUGAACAGACAAGACUAUUUGCCGAAAAUGCCGUCUCGAAGUGAAGUCGAUCUGGUUUUCGACACGUCUUAUCCAGACGUCCAACCCUUCCUGUUCAAAAUGAACUACUCGAUUUCUGGACCAUCAAGCGGCGGCUCAUCUGUAGGAUCGACAAUGAGAAAAUUCCUUAGAGAAAGCCUCAAUUUGUAAAAGCCUUUGCGACAAAUGUUCACUGUUCGUUUUAAUCAAAUUUAUUCAUAGUUUUGCCCUGGCAAUCGGCAAAUUGCAACAUGCGUAGUUUCUUUUCCCCCAAUAUUUUGCCUCUGUAUGUACCUCUGUUAAAAAAUAAAGACUAGUAGCUCACACCAGCAAGGCAUAUUCUUUCCACUGGACUGCACAAAACAGGCGCUGGUUCUGUAGUCCAUGUAUUUGUGAACCAGCCUGAUCGCAUAAUUUCAGUGUUCGCCAUAAUUUGAAAAUUCGUUCAGAUCCUCACCCAAGGAUCCCGUAUAAUUCACAAUAUCGACGUUAUAGUGUUUUGGGCAAGGGGGUUUUUUUCAUUCAAUUUGAACAGAUCCUGCCUGAAAUAUACGAUCUAACCAGUUCAAGAACGUUGUGAUGAUGUAAAAUUCCUUUUCUUAAGCAGCAAAUUGGUGGCUUUAACCUUUCAGUUGUUAACAUAUUUUUUAUGUUUGAUGCUGUUUUUCGCCUGAAUUCUAUAAAACAUGAUACAUUUUGCGUUCUGGUAAAUGGCUAUAUUUUUUUAAUGGAAAAUGUUCGCUGACAAGAAGUUUUAUCUUAUCUAACAUAAGAAUGUGAGUCCAUUUUUUAACUUUUCCAUGCCUUGGAAACCCAAGGGCAAAACAUUUAGAGAGACCCUGUUUGCUUUUUUGACAGAUAGUUUUUCUUUCGAUGGGAAUUUAAGUUUUCUAAAAUCGUGCAGUAGAUUAUAUUGUCGUUUAAAUGUGUUUUUAUCAUUGCGUUUAGUGCUGUAUUUAGAGUUAAACCUAGAUAGUGUAGGAUUUAGUUAUGACUGGUCAAAAGCCGAAAUCGUUCUGGGACUAUGUGUGAAGUGGAAAGUUAUAUUAUUUGAAUUUUUCAUUCCUAAAACUGACGAGUAAAUGCCUAUUGAACACUAGAUUAGUAACUACUUUAGGAGUAUAACGCGCACGUUAUUUUUUUAACUCUAGUUUUAAGUUGUAGAUUUCUUAGUGACUAACAGUGUGUUUUUCUCGUCUCAAAUUUAUUUAUUUCCUAGAAUUUCUCACAUCACCUAACUGACACUGUUCAUUUUCUAGUUGAAUCACGGACUUGUAUGAAUUAUGCUAUUUGCGUGCGUAAAAUGAACACAUUUUUGAAAUUUAAGUCAAUCUUUAUUAGAUUAUAGGGCAUUCUGGUUAUGAAAUAUGCGGGUGUACAAGCAAAAACCCGCGAAAAAAUGUGCUUCUUACAGGCAGCAAACUAUGUUUAGUUCGUUUUAACUAAAGUAGAAGUUACUGAACGCAAUAUCAAUGUUAUAAAAUAAAGGGUGCAUUUCAUUUCUAUAGAAUGUGUUGAUCGAGUUUCUAAUUGAUAGGUUUGUGUUCAUGCAACGAUAAAUAAAACUUUCUUAAAGCUGCAAUUUGUUAACUACGGUAAUGGUUGAUUUAUAGUGCAAUAUUGCCCUGUUAACACUGAAAGUAUCUUAUUGAGCCAUAUUUAUUUGGUAGAAUUUAUGCAGGGAUUUAAAACGGUGCAGUAUUGCCAACAGGACAGUGUUUGUCUUGUUUGGGCUUCAGUAUCCGCAUCCCUUCAACUGCUUAGACGACUCCAAAUAAUUGCAAUUAUCGCUAAUUUUUUGUGAUAAAGUUCAAUCAAGAUUAGACUAUUCAAAAUUAAAUGCUUAAACUUUAUCUUGUUUAAUCACCAAUUAUGCUUUUAAAAUUAUAUUUAAAACCGCCGUGAUUUUUAACACUUUCAGCUUCGUAAACAUUUGCUUAUGUAUUCGAAAAUUCAUAUUUGGAGUUACCCUUAUUUAUUAUUACACCGUCAAGUUCAAACUUAUCAGAAACGUUAGUGAUGUAAUUUGUUCAUAUUUUUUACAAACUAGGUGUAAAGAUAUAAUUGCUAUAUGAUAAAUUAAAUAACGAUAUAUAUAUAAGAUCCAAGAAAUGGCGCAUAUAGGAUGAUGUAAAUAGUAAAUACGUCUUGUGUAAAUAUAUUUGUUGUAAAUAUUUUUGUGAAUAGUUUUAGUGAUUCAUUAAAUAGUUAUGUGAUUUUUAUAAUAAAAAACGAGAAUAAAUAAAUUACGAAUUAA